AGCCACCGGCCCGAGCGCAGAGUGCUGCCGCCGAGUCUUCCGGAGUUCUCACAACUCCUGUGGGGCGGAUUGAGAAGCACCUCGUUGAUGGGCCUUCAUGGCACAGCGAAGGCGGGGACACCGUGGCGGCCGACUUCUCCUCGGCCUGGUCGGCGUCUUGGGCGCGAUGCGGCUGAUGGCUGAGAGGAUGGAGGUCGGCUUCGCGGGUUGGAAGGUGCAUCAGAUGGGUCUUGGUCCUGGAGCGCUCCUGAGGCUGAGAAGGACGGGCGGUUCGCUGGUGCCACAUGUUGUGACGGCAAAGACUGUUGCAGUGAGCCCGGAAGACCGCGACGCGGCCUUCAUGGAGCGUUUGCGCUGCCUGGCACGGGAGGCGCUCAGCUGGAGCUGGCUCACUCCGCGGCAACGGCUGGUGUGGGCCGCGGCCAUCGAGCUGGAUGCGGUGCCUUUGCAGGAGCUUCCACCGUGGUUUUGGGAGUGGCAGAACGUCACUCUUAGGCAUCCAGGC